UCGCACUUGCAGUCUUCAACUGCAAUUAGCAUCAGUUUCUCUCCUCCUCCUCCGUCGCUCCGCCUCUACUCCGCCGUCGCCCUGGAAGUAAUCAAAUCUCUCACAGGUAUACUCCAUCGCUUCCUCCUUGCUUAAUUUCGUCUCGUUCGUGUGAUUGAUUGGGUUUAGUAUACCAGCUUCAUGUUGAUUAACCAAAAAUGGGGGCUCGUUUGUUAUAAAACCCUCUGGCGGUGAAAUUUCAAAUACUUUGUAGUUAUUGGUAUACUUGACAAAAAUUGGGGAUGGAAUUUUGAUUUCGUGUUCUUAAGUUUGGGUUUGAUUGUUAUUUAACCAACUUGAAAUGGAUAAUUGGUUUUUGGUAAUUGUGAUGCAUGAUUAGACCGACUCACCAUGAAGAUCAACUGCAAUUGUUCACUAUCACUCCCCUUUAUAUUCAAACAGUAGCUUAGAGAAUCAGUAAUUAGCAUAAGUAGCGAUGGAUAAACUAUCGAAUUCGUUUACAUCGCUUGCGGUGGAUGCUGAAGAUGCUACUGGAUCUAGUUCAAUUGAAAUUGCUGCCCCUGAUAGUUGUGAAAAACCAGAUGGCGAUAAAGGAGUAGACGUUGGUGUAGAAGAUGAAACUAUGCUGAAAAAUGAAAACGGGGAUCAAACCUGGGAAACAAUUCCAGGAGAGUACAAGAUGCCACUUGUGUGGAUUGACCUGGAAAUGACUGGCUUGAAUAUUGAAAUUGAUAGAAUUUUGGAGAUUGCUUGUGUGAUCACGGAUGGAAAGUUAACGAAGUCAAUUGAGGGUCCUGAUUUGGUUAUUCAACAAACAAAGGAGUGUCUUGAUAAAAUGGGAGAAUGGUGUCAAGAACAUCACUCAGAAAGUGGUUUGACGGAGAGAGUCCUUCAAAGUACAAUAACUGAACAAGAAGCUGAAAAGCAGGUCAUCGAAUUUGUCAAGAAACAUAUCGGCACAUGUACACCUCUUAUUGCUGGAAAUUCUAUCUACACGGAUCUUCUAUUUUUAAGAAAGUACAUGCCAGAUUUGGCUGCCCUUUUCUCUCACGUGCUUGUUGAUGUAAGCAGUGUCAAGGCGUUAUGCAUCCGUUGGUUCCCAAAAGACAAGAAAAAGGCUCCCAAAAAGGAAAACAAACACAGAGCAAUGGACGACAUCAAAGAAAGCAUAGCUGAACUGAAAUUCUACAAGGACAACAUAUUCAAGCCCUCCAAAUCCAAGAGAUGAUUUAAAGAGACACCAUUUUGGUAUCAAGUCAAACCCCCGAUUUUUAUGAAGUUCGGUGAGAACCAGAUGGGAAGUAUUAAGUGAAUCAAUUGCAAGCUAUUCCGUCUUAGAUUGUAUUUUAGUUUAAAAUCAGUUUCUCCUAGAUACAAUUAUCCCCAGACGUGUGUACGUACACAGAUCUGUAUCUCUAUAGUGGGGUGUGAGUGUACAUAUCUCGCCGACUCGAACUCAAACCAGCGGUCUGUGAGUGUACAUUACUCUCCGACUCGAACUCAAACCAGCGGUCGUGGAGUGUGCAUAUACCAAAGUACAAAUCUUGAUUAGAGUGAGUUUUGAAACUGCACUUGUCUCAAUGUGAGGUUUUAUUUAUAUAUAUAGCCCCGGGAUCUGCUUAACCUGUU